AUGUUUACAGUUACCAAGUCCUUAGAGCAAGGUGCUACUAAGAUCUUAUUUAGAUGGCAACAGGUUGCUGAUAAACUUGACGAGGAUCUCUUUGUCAGGGUCAAUAUACAGACAGUUAAUGUCAGUAACAAAGGUGGAAGGACUAUAACGACUUCCUAUGAUGCCUUGUUUCUUGGUGAUGCCAACAGACUUCUCCAAGUAAUGCGAGAAAGCUUUCCUGAACUGGGUUUGACAAGACAGGAGUGUAUCGAAACAAGCUGGAUCAAUUCUACUGUAUAUCUUGGUGGCUACACCAUCAAGAUAUCUCCUGAAGUUCUACUUCAAAGAAGAAAUAUAUUGAAGCACUACUUCAAAGCCAAGUCAGACUUUGUUAGACAACCUAUACCUGAAACUGCUCUCAAAGGUUUAUGGGAAAUAAUGUUAGAAGAAGACAAACCAGCUAUAGUUCUUACCCCUUAUGGUAGAAACAUGGGCAAAAUUUCCGAAUCUCAGACUCCUUUCCCUCAUAGAAAAGGUACCUUGUUCAUGAUCCAGUACUUGGCCAAUUGGCGAGAUGCGAAAGAAAAUGUUAGAAAACAUACCGAUUGGACUAGGAUGGUUUACAGGUACAUGAAACCUUGUGCUUCCAUGUUUCCAAGACAAGCAUAUGUCAAUUACCGGGACCUUGAUUUGGGAAUGAACAAGGAGACUAACACAAGCUUUCCAGGAGUAAGUGGUUGGGGCACUAAGUACUUCAAGGAUAACUUCUACAGACUGGUACGGGUGAAGACCAAAGUUGAUCCUGACAACUUCUUCAGGCAUGAACAGAGCAUCCCAACUCUUCCUCAUCAUAUGAGGAAAAGAAAUUGAAGAGACAUUGGUCAAGGACAG